AUGCCGGAACUGCCACGGCUGGCCCGAUCCUGGUCGUCGACCUUGAAGCUCCCUAAAUCGACAUUCCCGGCGCGCGUGACUCCGGCCGAUCAUACAAAAUACCUCAAGCGAUGCACUGAUGAGCUUUAUGCCUGGCAACGCCGUGAACGACCUGUCGAUCAACCCUUCGUCCUCCACGAUGGUCCUCCGUAUGCGAAUGGCGAUAUUCAUGUCGGUCAUGCCCUCAAUAAGGUUCUGAAGGAUAUCAUCUGCCGUGUGCAGCUCGGGCUGGGGAAGAGGGUACGCUACGUGCCGGGAUGGGAUUGUCACGGGCUGCCGAUUGAGCUCAAGGCUUUGGAGGCGCGGAAGGAUGCUAUUGAGGAAACCGGAGCAGUUCGUGCCGACAUUAUACGGAAGUCUGCGCGGAAUCUUGCGAGGCGGACGGUGAAGGAGCAAAUGAAAGGAUUCCGGAGCUUUGGGGUCAUGGCGGACUGGGAGAACCACUGGAAGACUAUGGAUAAGGACUUUGAGAAGAGACAGCUAGGUAUCUUUCGCGAAAUGGUUGAAAAGGGGUUGAUUUAUCGACGGUUCAAGCCGGUUUAUUGGUCACCUUCAACGGGUACUGCGCUCGCUGAAGCAGAGCUGGAAUACAAGGAGGACCAUGUGUCUACGGCUGCCUAUGUCAAGUUCCCUCUGACCAGGGUUCCGUCGUACCUUGAACAGAAUCCGCUUCUUAAGGACAAGACUAUUGGCGCAGUCAUCUGGACAACUACCCCAUGGACUCUCCCUGCUAAUGCUGCCAUCGCCGUUCAUCCAGCUUUGGAGUAUGUUAUUGUGGAAUCAGCUACUCAUGGCCAUCUUCUCGUUGCGCAAUCUCGGCUUGAAUCUCUGGCAAGCACUCUCAAGGAGGAACUUUCUGUGAUUGUUCCUGGCAUUCUAGGUUCGGAUCUCGCGGACGUUACAAUGUAUCGAUCACUCCUCAAGGGUUCCGCCUCCGAACCACAGCCGGUUAUCGCCGCCGACUUUGUUACCGCCGACUCUGGAACAGGCUUGGUUCAUUGCGCUCCAGGCCAUGGUAUGGACGAUUAUCUGGUCUGCGCUGCCCGUGGCAUUCCCGCCUUUGCCCCGGUUGAUGACCAUGGGAACUUCACUGACUUGGCGCUGCCCGACGACCCGAAACGACUGAGCGGAAAGAAUGUCCAGGGCGAAGGAAAUGAAGAGGUUCUGGAAUAUAUUGAUUCAGAAGGACUGCUCCUCGCUAAGCACAGCUAUGAGCACAAGUACCCUUGCGAUUGGAGGACCAAGCUACCCAUCAUCAUCCGAGCUACUGAGCAAUGGUUUGCCGAUGUGGCAGACAUCCGUGCUAGUGCACUAAUUGCCCUAGAAAAGGUUCAGUUUGUUCCGGCUUCUGGAAAGCAACGACUGUCAGCUUUUGUCACGAACCGGAGCGAGUGGUGUAUUUCUCGCCAGCGUGCCUGGGGUGUUCCCAUUCCUGCUCUCUACAACCGAAGUACCGGCGCAGCUGUGUGUACAAAAGACACCGUUACGCACAUAAUGAGUGUCAUUGAUGAGCGUGGGAUUGAUGCUUGGUGGACGGAUGAUCCAAAUGACGAAGCCUGGAUACCACCCGCUUUGAGAGAAACCUCUGAAGCCGGUUACAGACGUGGAACCGAUACCAUGGAUGUCUGGUUUGACAGUGGCACCAGCUGGGCCGAGAUAGAGACCCCUUACGGCGACCACGGGUAUCCUUCCGAUGUUUACCUCGAGGGUAGCGACCAGCAUCGCGGUUGGUUUCAGUCAGGGCUUCUCACCUUCAUCUCACACCAGCUCGCCUCUGGACAGACUGCUAGCCCUCGCGCACCCUUCAAGACCUUGGUUACCCAUGGUUUCACCCUCGACGAGGAUGGCCGCAAGAUGAGCAAGUCUAUUGGCAAUAUUCUUCACCCGCAUAGCAUCAUGGAUGGUUCCCUACUACCACCGGUCAAGCCGAAGAAGGGAAAGAAGCAAGCAGAGUCAAAGGAGCCUGUAUAUGAUGCUUUAGGCCCGGAUGCCCUUCGACUCUGGGUUGCAAGCAGUGAUUAUACCCGAGAUGUGGUGAUCGGCAAGCAAGUUCUGCAGACAGUUCACACCAGCUUACACAAGUACCGGGUAACUUUCAAAAUCAUUCUUGGGGUACUUGCGGACUUUAAGCCGGAGGACCAAAUUCCCUAUGACCAACUACUACUGGCUGAUCGCAUCGCGCUGCUGCACCUUUCUGAAAUGGUGUUGGCAGUUCGCUCCGCAUGCGAGAAGUUUGAGUUCUACAAGGCUGCGAAUGCCAUCAACCGAUGGGCAAACCUGGAGUUUUCUUCGUUUUACAUGGAAACUAUCAAGGAUCGCCUAUAUACCUAUGCGGAAAAUAGCCCAAGCAGACGGGCCGCCCAGACGACAUUGUUUCACAUUUUCAAUCAGCUGCAGGAAGUGCUGGCUCCCAUUACGCCCUUGCUUGUGGAAGAAACCUGGGAGCACACCCCUGCAGCGAUCAAGGCGGCGUGUGAGCACCCUCUAAGACGUGUUGUUGCGAAUCCCGCCCCAGAGUGGCAGCAGGGGUCCCUCGGUGCUGACUACCAGGAUAUCCUUGCUGUCCACUCUGUCAUCAAGGGCCUCCAGGAAAACGCUAGAGGCCAUAAACAGCUGGGGUCAUCCCUUCAAUCAUUCGUUCACAUCCAGCUCCCGGCGAAUACAAGCGUCCCAUCUGUGCUCCAGCGAAAGGAAGAGCUCGCUGAUAUCUUUGUUGUCUCGUCGGUUACCAUCGGCGGCAGCGAUGAAGCAAUUCCAGACACAAUCGCCAACGCCGAAUGGCAAUAUAGUUCGGAGUACCAACUCCCAAGUGGCGAGAAGGGAACAGUGUACGUCUUUACCCCGCAGGCUUCCAAGUGUCCUCGGUGCUGGCGCUAUGUGAUUCCGGAAGAAGAGGCGGCCGAAGAAAGGGCGUGCAAUCGCUGUGAGGAGGUCGUACGAGGGCUGGAGGGAUCUUCGUGA